AUGGCUCAAUCGCUCUAUCUGUAUGAAGGUCAAAAAUUCAAUAUUCAGUCUUGCAGUGGAGCUAAUUUAUUUCAACCGCAUUGCAUCACGUUCCACUUUUGUGCAUCCUUCGUGUGUUUUGUCUUUAACGCACUUCCGUCUGUUGUUGAACCCGGGGAGGAGAACGAGCAGUGCGACGACGAGAGGCAUCCCAUCAAAUUGUUUGCUCACACGAACGUCUUCAACUACCUGUCGGCCCACGUGAUGCGAGCGUCAGGUUCCACUUCAUGUCGGGUGGUCAUUGAGACACUUGCCGGCCAGCAGGUCAACAUCUCCAUCAUGGAUUUUACGACUGCACCUCCAAGAUACAACAUGAACAAACGCUCCUUGAAUCACAACAACUUUCAGUAUGCUGCACACCUGUCUCAACAACAACAUCAGCAACAACUGGAAUACUGCCACGUGUACGCGACGGUCUACGAGCGAGACAUGCGCAACGACAUCACCGUGUGCUACAACACUGGCAGGGAGAAACACGCCUACACGUCGACAGGGAGCACCUUGGUACUUAAAACGGCGAAUCACGUGAUCAGCGACGAAAAUAUCAAUUUCCUAAUUAAGUACAACGCGAUUGGUUGUGCCGACAUAGACCCGCCCCCAAACUCUAAGAUCCAACGAAUCAACGAUCAGAUAACAGUCACGUGCAACAUCAGCAACACCAAGUGGAGCCUCGUCUGCAGAGGAACUGAAUGGUUUGGCUGGCAAUCAGCUGUCCUCUGUGACGCCAAGCAUCAGAGGGAGGAGGGGGCCUACCAGAAUGCAUCAUUUCCCACCUACGGUCUGUUGACGGCAGUGGUGGUCGGCGUGAUGAUAGGAGCCAUGUGUGGCUUCUCACUGCUCGGUGCUGUCCUCUGGUGCAAAAGAAGAUCGGACCAGGCGAGACCGCCGCACAAGCAGUACGACGUGUCGGGCCUGCAGGACGACCUCAUCCACAUGCACAACCAGCCACUCGGCCCGCCGACGGAGAUCACUGAUUACGACGAUGCCGGCCUCUUCUGCGACUACAACCAGCUGCCACACACUCAUCAUCAUUUUCCAGGCUUGCCGAAAAUUGUACAGCAACAACAUUCGCAACACCAGCAUCAACCACAACAACAGCAACAACUGGCUAACAUGCAACAGUGCAAAGUUCACCAUCGCCUCGAAAAUGGUGAGUACGGAUACACUCACGUCUGGCAGAUUGCAAACGGCAACAACAACAGCAAUAACGCAAAUGAUUUCAACAACAGCAACAACAACAAAGAUGACAUCAACAAAACCUCAAUAGCAUCAAGCAAUCAGCUACAAAUGACCUCACCUGGCAGGUCAACGAAUUUCACCUCGUUCUUCGGCAAGACACUGCCGGGCCAGCAGGAGCGGCAGCAGUUGAGCAGCACGAACGCGCUGUAUAAUGCUGGCAGCGGGAUGGUGGUCACUGGUGGGAGCAGUUGUGGCGUUGGUGGCGAUUGCGUCGUUGCAAGUGACUACAACGCUAAACAAGGUUACACCUGCGUGAUGACGUCACACGAUCGCCCAUCCCUGCUUUGCGAUCACGUGGAACAGGAACUUCCGUCAUCAUCAGACGGAAACGUUUUUUAUUCAUUUCAACACGCGGCGCCACAAAAACUUCAACAAGAUGGCAAACGCGGUGAGUUCGACGACGGCACGUCCGCCUGCUGCCCCGCAACUUCAACCAAUGUCACCAGCGUCGCCAACAAAUUGCAAAAUUUUUACACGUAA